AUGUUGAAAACAGUUGUGUCUUUUUUGGAGGACACUCAAACCACGUACCACUGUUUGACUUUCUGCAGGAAGGCCCUCAAGCUCGAUCCGAGUGCCUUCACCUGCUCGUUCCAGGUGUCAGAUUACGGGAUCCUUAGUGCCAUUCAGAAGGUCAUGACCACGGAAGACAAGUGCAUCAGAACAGAGCUGCAUAAGCUGAACGUCUACAGGGCUGGGGACUUCUUCAAGGCGCACGUGGACACUCCUCGAGGACCUCAGAUGUUCGGUUCUCUCAUCAUCUGCUUGCCAAGCGCUCAUAACGGCGGCAAUCUCCGCAUAUCUCAUGGCAAGAAGAACGUGAACAUCGACUGGAGCGAAAAGUCGGAAGAUCAUAUCCAGUGGGUAGCUUUAUACUCGGAUUGCGAGCACGAGGUGAAAGAAGUGCUGGGAGGCUACCGAGUCACGCUCACGUACAACCUGUACGCAGAUCCUCUGCCUGGCCCGCGGAAAAGCCCGCUUACUCAUCCCAACGUGGUUUUGAAGCACACCGUCCUGUAUCAGACUCUGGUCAAAGCAUUGAGCCUCGACAGCUUCAUGCACGAUGGGGGCAUUCUGGGGCUUUCGCUACAGCAUCGUUACCCGCACGUCAGCGAGGUGUUUGUCAAGGCGCCUGAAAUGAUGCUGAAAGGAGCGGACGCUGUGAUCUUUGCGGUCGCAAAGCAGCUCGGCUUGGAGACCCAGUUUGUUCAGGUCUACUACGACAGCGAGCUUGAUCAACUCGACGUGCAAGACGUCUCAACAAUGUACGAGAACGAAGAAGAGCGUGGGCUUGACCACCUCAGAAACAACUUCAGGCUCUCUUGCAAUGUUGACUACAAUGACGUCACCUGGUGUGUCCAAGGAAGCAACUUCCAGGAGCCAGGCAAGAUCGGAUCGGCGUAUGGCAACGAACCAAGCGUUGAGGUCCACUACUGCGUGGCAGCUCUGCUGGUGGUCAUUCCGGAGUGGGGAGAGGACCGAGGCAAACUGCUCACGGCUGCGGAAGAGGACACCGUUUGA